AUUGCGAUAGUUAAUAAGUCCAGAGAAAUGCCUGAUAAUGAGAUUUACCGAAAUAAAAAUAUUUUCCCGGUCCUCUGUUCGUAUUAUACUGUACAUAAUUUUCUAUAUUCCCUGCACCUUCGUAAGGGUCUGUUGCUAUAGCAACUGAUGCCGGUGGACUUGUGUCUAUCAGUUGUUUUAUUGUUGUUUUCCACAUGCCAUCCAGUGCUCACGAUGAAAGCAUUUUCCAUUGUUUUUUUAUUGUUUAGUUUAACUGGUGAUAUAUUGUCUAAUCAUGUCGAUGUCGACAGCAAUGGGUAUAUAGUUUAUUGCCCCUGUAUGGGACGAUUUGGUAAUCAGGCAGAUCACUUUCUGGGGGCUCUUGGCUUCGCCAAAGCCCUCAAUCGAACAUUUGUCAUUCCUCCCUGGGUGGAAUACAGGACUGGAGAAGCUACUUCUAUGCAAAUCCCUUAUGACACAUAUUUCAACGUAACGGAAUUAGAGAAAUGUCACAAAGUUAUUUUAAUGGAGAAAUUUAUGGAGGAGCUGGCACCCCUAGUGUGGCCAGAUACACAAAGGAUAUCGUUUUGUUACUCACCCCGUGGGAGCAAAGACACCUGCAACGCCAAGGAAGGGAGCCCUUUCGGUCCCUUCUGGAACAGAUUCAAUGUUGACUUUGUAAAUUCUGAAUUCUACGGUCCCUUCCACUACGACGUGCAUCACACUGAUAUAGCAAACCAGUGGAAGAGAAAAUAUCCACCAGUUUCCUGGCCAGUAUUAGCCUUUACUGGUGCCCCAGCAAGUUUUCCCGUGCAACUGGAGAAUAAAUAUCUCCAGAAAUGCGUUGUGUGGAACGACGAAUUGCAGAACAAGGCGAAGAAAUUCAUAAAAGAGACUUUACCCAAGGGUGCCUUCAUUGGAAUCCAUCUUCGAAAUGGAAUGGACUGGGUGAGGGCCUGCGAGUUCAUCGCAAGCACCCCAAAUUUAUUUGCUGCCCCCCAAUGUCUCGGAUACAGAAAUGAGAGAGGGAAGGCAACUCCGGGGAUGUGUCUGCCUUCUUGGGAGCUCAUUCUGAAGCACAUCAAACGUGUAAUUCGGAAUGGGAAGAAUGUAAAAUCAGUUUUCGUAGCGUCUGAUAGUAAUUAUAUGAUUGAAGAUCUCUCAAAAGCCCUGUCUAGGAUGGAAAUCACAGUUCAUAGACAGCCUGACCCAGUGUCUCCCCACCUGGAUCUAGCGAUUCUAGGAAGAUCCAAUUAUUUCAUAGGAAACUGCAUUUCAUCAUAUAGUGCAUUUGUCGCAAGAGAAAGGGAUGUCAAAGGAUAUCCGACAUUCUUCUGGGGAUUUCCUCCAGAGAGAUCAUCUACCUCACCAACACGAGAAGAAUUAUAAUACUCAUAUUCAUCCAUGCAAUUGUUAAUGUUAAAAACGAGAACAUAAGAAUAAAGAAUUUGCAAUUUC